AUCACAGGCGAUACCUGUGCACAUGCACCACCCUCUCCUGGUAUUGAAGGCCCAGCCGAGGCUGGUGUUGAUCUCCCCUUAUCUGGAGUCCGCCCGCUACCGCAGGCUGAGUCUGCCGGCCCUUCCCGCUCACCCGCCUCUCCCUCAGGCUGCCUCUGACUUCGUUGCCGCCCGGUGGGAGGCGGGCUCUGACGUCAGGUCAUUCGGUUCAGUCGGACUGGGCUGGGUUCUGUUUGGUUUCGGGACGGGCGCCGGGGACGAAGUUACCGCAGCCCGAGGUUUUAGAUGACAUUAUAUAAAAACAGUGCAGAUGAUUCGAUGAUUUGGAAAGACUUUUUUUGAAACAAAGGCUGGAAUAAGGAAGCACAGAAGAAGGAUGAGUCUGCUAAAACCUAGUGGGCUGAAAGCUCCCAGCAAGAUUGCCAAGCCAGCAAGUACUGCAGUGAAGCAAGCGGCUUCUUCACAAUCGGCAACAUCCAUUGCUACCACACAAAAGACAUCACCUGGAGAGAAAUCUUCAAGCGCAUCCACCACGGAGGCUCAGGAAGAACAUGUGGCUGACUUCAAAAUUGGAGAACGCAUCUGGGUAAAUGGUAGUAAACCUGGCUACAUCCAGUUCCUUGGGGAGAGUCAGUUUGCCCCUGGCCAAUGGGCUGGAAUUGUCUUGGAUGAACCAAUUGGUAAAAAUGAUGGUUCAGUUGCUGGGGUUCGAUAUUUCCAAUGUGAACCAUUGCGUGGAAUAUUUACAAGACCUUCAAAGUUGUCGCGAAGCCCAGUGACAGAUGGUGAAGCUAGUGGUUCACAGACUCGUGCAACAUCUGUUUCCAGAGCCACAUCACCAACAUCUACAUCAACCAGUGUUGCAACAGCUCCAUCUACAUCAACAGCACAAAAAGCUGCAUCGGGUGGAGCUCAAGAUUCUGCAGCCAUGUCCAAUCUUUUAAAAACAGGAAGUGAAUCUGUGUCAAAUCUCUCAGAAGCUAGUUCUGUUAAAAAAGGGGAACGUGAAUUAAAGAUUGGAGAUCGGGUCCUGGUUGGUGGUACUAAAGCAGGAGUGGUGCGCUUCUUGGGAGAGACUGACUUUGCUAAGGGGGAGUGGUGUGGAGUUGAACUGGACGAACCCCUCGGGAAGAAUGAUGGAGCUGUGGCCGGAACCAGAUAUUUUCAGUGCCAGGCAAAGUAUGGUCUGUUUGCACCAGUUCAUAAAGUUACCAGAAUUGGAUUUCCCUCAACAACACCAGCUAAAGCCAAGACAACUGUACGAAAAAUAGUAGCUACCCCAUCAAAUCUCAAGCGGAGUCCUAGUGCAUCAUCCAUCAGCUCUUUAAGCUCUGUAGCAUCUUCCAUCAGUGGUAGACCGAGUCGAUCAGGAUUGCUAACAGAAACAUCUUCACGUUAUGCAAGAAAAAUAUCAGGCACCACUGCAUUACAGGAGGCUUUAAAGGAAAAGCAGCAGCACAUUGAACAGCUUCUGGCUGAACGAGACCUAGAAAGAGCUGAGGUUGCCAAGGCAACUAGCCACGUGGGAGAAAUUGAACAGGAGCUUACGUUACUUCGGACAGGUCACGAACAGAAUGUAUUGGAGAUGGAGGCAAAGAUGGACCAGUUACGAGCAUUGGUGGAGGCUGCUGACAGAGAGAAGGUGGAGCUUUUGAACCAGCUGGAGGAAGAGAAAAGAAAAGUGGAAGAUCUUCAGUUCCGUGUAGAGGAAGAGUCCAUUACCAAAGGUGACUUAGAGACGCAGACCAAACUGGAGCAUGCCCGCAUUAAGGAGCUUGAACAGAGCCUGCUCUUUGAAAAGACCAAAGCUGAAAAACUCCAGAGAGAGUUAGAAGACACUAGGGUGGCUACUGUGUCUGAGAAGUCUCGGAUUAUGGAAUUAGAAAGGGAUCUAGCAUCGCGCACAAAAGAAGUUUCAGAGCUUCGACAAAGACUUGUGAGCAUUGAAGUUUCUGGUAAUGUGGACAGUGCACCUUUGUUGGAAGAAAUUUCCUGCAUGCGAGAUAAGCUUGCAACAAUGAGCAAAGAACAUCAAAAUGAACUUAAAGCAUUGAAAGAAAAACUUGAAACCUCAGAGGAAGAUCACCAAAAGGCACUUCAGCAGCUGCAAGCUGCGACUGAAAAGGUAUCCAAGGAGAAUGUGACUCUCAAGUCCAAAUUGGAUCAAGCCACUACUGAAAACUCAGAGGUUAUUAGUCUAUGGAAAAGUAAGCUCGAGUCUGCAAUAGAAUCUCAUCAGCAAGCCAUGGAAGAACUCAAGUCUUCUUUCAGUAAAGGAGCAGAUUCCCAAACCACAGAGCUUCUAGAGCUGAAGAGUAACUUUGAAAAGCUUAAAGCAGACCAUCAAAUGGAACUUGAGAAUAUUAAAAUACAGCAAGAUUUUGAAAAAUCAACCUACCUAAAAAAAAUUGAAGAUUUAAAAUCUCAGCUAUCAGAAAUCACUGUAGAAAAGGAGAAAGAUAUAGAUAAUCUGAAGUCACAACUGGAAUAUGCUACAAAUCAACACCUGGUAGAAAUGGAAGAGACUUUGACAAAACUACAGGAAACCAAAGAGAAGGUAAAGGAAUUGCAAAUUUUGCAGUCCAAGAGCAAUGAACAGGCACAAAUUGUAGAGGCAUUAACAGCUAAAGUAGCAGCAGCAGAGCAAAAGGUGAUGGGUUUUGAAUUGCUACAAGAAGUUGAAGCACAAGGUAGAGAAGAAAUCAAAAGACUUGAAGAGAAGCUUGCAGCUGUUGAAUCACAGUUGAAAAUCAGUGAAGCUUUAAAGCUUUCUGAAGGGAGCAAGGUUAUUGAUUUGGCCAAACAGCUCGAGGAACAAGCUCAGUCAGUUGUUAAUCUGAAGCAAAGUUUGACUAUAGUGAGCCAGGAUAAACAAGCUUUCGAGCAACAACUGCAGACUAUGAAAGAAAAGUUUGAUGGAGCAUCAGAAGAACAAUACAAAUUGCAGCAAACAUUGCAAGAAACACUUGCAAAGCUCCUUGCAAAAGAAGAGCAAAGCACUUCACUUUCUUCUGAGGUUGUGGAGCUCAAAUCUCAGCUUUCUGCUAUGGAAAGAAGAAUUAAAGUUGAGGAGGAAAAGGCUGAACAACUAACUGGGGAUAAAACCAAACUUGAGAACACCAUCUCUGAGAUGAUUAAAUCUUCAGGAGACAACUCUGCUCAGCUUACAAAGAUGAAUGAAGAGCUGAAACUCAAAGAAAGGAGGCAGGAUGAACUACAAGAACUGGUUCGUCAAUCCAGUGAAAAGAUUGCUUGUUUACAGGAAAACUUGGAGCAAGUCACAAAUAAAGCAGAACGGAUGCAGGAGGAGAAGCAGCAGAAACAUCAGAAUGAGCUUCAAGCAAUACUGAAGAAAAUGGCAGACCUGCAGCAGCAGGUGGAAAUGCACAGCACACACACUAAGGAAAUGCAAAGCAACCAUGAGAAAGUGGUUUCAGAAAUAAAUAGGAACAAUGAAACUUUAGUGAAGGAGCUCAAGACAAAUUUACAGGAAACCAAAGAAGCACUGAAGAGCUCUCAAGAGAAGAGUAAUCAAAGAGAAAAACGCAUAGAAGAACUGAAGAAGCAAGUGGAACAGGUCCAGGCUUCGAGAAAAGCUGAAGAGGCUGAACAGUCAUUAGAGCAGGUAAUGAAGGAGAAAAAUAUAUUGGACCAACAGAAGACUGAAACUUUGGCAGAAUUGGAAGAGUCCAGACUGAAGAACCAAAAGCUUAAAAACGAGCUCGAAGCUCUUAAGGAACAGAACAAUAAAUGCCAAGAAGACUUGAACCACUCAAAACAGCAGCUGAGCUCAGAGAAUAAGAGAAUAGGAAGCCUUUGCAAAGAAAUAGAGGAGCUGAAGCUGGCAGCAGCCCAGAAGUCCCAGCAGCUGGCAGCACUACAUGAGGAAAACAGCAAACUGGCAAGCGAGCUGGGUAGGAGCAAGGACGAAGUCACCAGCCAUCAGAAGCUCGAAGAGGAGCGAUCUGCACUUAAUAAUCAGCUACUAGAAAUGAAAAAGAGACUGAAAAAAGUCUAUCCACGUUACAAUAACUUACCCAAUAACACUUUAAGAGAAUCUUUAUUAAAGAAAGAGUUUGAAGAAGACAAAAACACUUUACAGAAAUCCAUCGCUACUACUAGUGCCUUGAUCACAGAUAAAGACAAAGAACUAGAGAAACUCAAGAAUGAGAUUGCAGUGUUACGAAGUGAGAAUGCCAUGGCAAAAAAAUUACAGUCAGUAGUUCAAUCAUUGGAAUCCGAUAAAUCAAAACUUGAACAAAAGGUACAGAGCUUGGAGAAGAAAAUCAAUGAUAACCAAAGGCAGCUUGACAACAUCACAUCCUCUCCAGGAGAACAAGUUAUCGAAGAGCAAAGGGAAGAAAAUGAUUCUGCUGAGAGUCAGAUUGAUUUCCUGAACUCUGUGAUAGUGGAUUUACAAAGAAAGAAUGAACAACUGAAAGUGCAGCUAGAAAAACUGGCUGAGGCAUCCCUUAAUGGCAAUGUUGCUGAUGAUGUAAACAAUUUUGGCAGCUUGGAUGGGACGCAAACAAAGAAGAAGCCACCACCACGUCUCUUUUGUGACAUAUGCGAUUGCUUUGACCUCCAUGACACUGAGGAUUGUCCCACACAAGCACAGAUGUCUGAAUUUCCUCCACAUUCUACUUACCAUGGCAGUAGAAAAGAUGAACGCCCCUAUUGUGACAUCUGUGAGGUAUUUGGGCAUUGGACAAACAACUGCAAUGAUGAUGAGACCUUCUAAUACACCACUCCACCCUAGAUAUGGUGUAUUUUUUUUGUGUAGAUCUGCAGUUUUUGUUUUUCAUUUCUGCUUAAAUAUCAUAUUUCUCCUUUCAUUACUCUGUACUGCACAUCCUUAUAACUCCAUUUAUUACUGUACCACUAUUAACUAACUUUUAAAAAUAGCUUCUACAGAACAACUAAUUUGAAUUAUGAUUUGGUGUACAAAACUGUAGCAUUUGAAAUUAUUUGCUUGAUUGUCAGACUUUGUAUAAAGAGUGUGAACAUUAUAUUGAUUUCUUACUGAAUGUAAAAUAUAUGUGGGAAAUUAGGCUGAUGAACUUGUAUAUACCUUUUGAUUUAUUUUUGCCCAAAGUAAUUUACUCAGAAAUCAACAUAUGGAUGUUGAAUAUUUUUCUUUCAUUUCUAAGUUUGGGUAUUGAAAUGAAUGUAUAGUGUAACAAUUGUUGCAGGGAGAAGGUAUUAUGUAAAGACAGUAUUAACCCAAACACUGUGUGUAUUGUGUCAACUUUAAUAAAUUAUUACCUUUGAUGUUUUGAUUGA